CAGGACCUGGUACAGCAGCUGGGGCGGGACAUCCUGGAGCAGGUGCCGACUGUGGGCUGGGACGACAUCGCGGGCCUGGAGGAGGCCAAGGAGGUGCUGCGGGAAAGCGUGGCGCUGCCCCUGAUGGUGCAAGAGCUCUUCUCCCAGAUCCCCAUCCUGCAGCCCAUCAAGGCGCGCGCACCGCACGCAGGCCUGCUGCUGUUUGGCCCCCCCGGCACCGGCAAGACGAUGCUGGCCAAGGCGGUGGCCACGGCUGGGAGCAGCGGCGAGUGCCGCACCCACUUCAUCAACGUCUCCUCCUCCACCCUGGCCUCCAAGUACAGGGGCGAGUCGGAGAAGCUGGUGCGCUUCCUGUUUGAGAUUGCGCGGGCGCACCAGCCCUGCGUGGUCUUCAUCGACGAGAUUGACGCGCUGGGGGGGGAGCGGGGCGCCGCCAACGAGCACGAGGCCUCCCGCCGCACCAAGACGGAGCUGCUGACGCAGGCAGGCCUCGCUGCUGGCGCCGCGGCUGCCAGCCAGCGGCGGCGGCGGCCCGGGGGCCGCCCCCCGCCGGUCAUGCUGCUGGCCGCCACCAACCACCCCUGGGCGCUGGAUGAUGCGCUGCGCAGGCGACUGGAGAAGCGCAUCUACAUCCCACUGCCCAGCCGGGCCGACCGCGAGCAGCUGCUGCGCCUGCACCUGCGCGGCAUGCGCACGGGGCCCGACGUGGACCUGGCACAGAUUGCCGCCGCUACCGAGGGCUAC